CGUCACUGCCACAGCCAGACUACUAGCAACUAUCUGUACUACCUCUACCUGCUGAUUAUACCACUGCUACUCUACGUCCACAAACAACUACCGUAUCCUGCCCAACAACACAAACGCAUCGCAUCCAUCGCGAACCUCGGACCACCUUAACGGUGACUGUGCGCCCUCUUUCCUGCUCCGUGCUCCUAUCUGCGGAUUCUUUGCGUGUGACGCAGGCUCUGUUGAGCAUCGAAGGCAGCCACCCUGUAUCUCCAACCGACCGUCGCCACCAUGAAUGGUUCCGGCUACGAGAUAAAUACAAACGGUGACAUCCUGCUACAGAACCAGCAGAAGGGCUGGUGGACGAUCGGGCUGAUCAAUGGCCAGUACAAAUACAUGACGGCCGAAACGUUCGGCUACAAGCUGAACGCGAACGGUGCGAGCCUCAAGAAGAAGCAGCUCUGGACGCUCGAACCGUCCACCACCGGCGAUAGUAUCAUCUAUCUAAAGUCGCACCUGGGCCGCUACCUGUCGGUGGAUACGUUCGGCAAUGUGCUGUGCGAGUCGGAGGAGCGCGAUGCGGGCAGCCGCUUCCAGAUCAGCAUCACCGAUGACAACUCGGGCCGUUGGGCGCUGAAGAACGAGCAGCGCGGUUACUUCCUCGGUGGCACACCGGAAAAGCUAACCUGCACGGCGAAGGCACCGGGCAAGAGCGAGCUGUGGAGUGUCCAUCUGGCUGCUAGGCCGCAGGUUAACUUGCGCUCCGUUGGUCGGAAGCGGUUUGCCCAUCUGUCCGACACGCAGGACGAAAUCCACGUCGACGCGAACAUUCCGUGGGGUGAGGAUACGCUGUUCACGCUGGAGUUCCGCGCCGACGAGGACGGCCGUUACGCGCUGCACACGUGCAAUAACAAAUAUCUGAACUCCAACGGCAAGCUGGAGAACAAGUGCACCGACGACUGUCUGUUCUCGGCCGAGUACCACAGCGGACAUCUGGCGUUGCGUGAUCGGCAUGGUCUCUACCUGUCGCCGAUCGGCUCGAAGGCGGUGCUGAAGUCCCGCUCGCAGACAGUGACGCGCGACGAGCUGUUCUCGCUGGAGGACUCGCUGCCCCAGGCAUCGUUCAUUGCCGCGCUGAACAGCAAGUACGUGUCGGUGAAGCAGGGCGUGGACGUGACGGCAAACCAGGACGAGAUCGGCGAGAACGAAACGUUCCAGCUCGAGUUCGAUUGGUCCGCACACCGGUGGGCACUGCGCACCACGCAGGACCGCUACUGGUGUCUGUCGACCGGUGGUGGCAUCCAGGCAACCGGCAACCGCCGCUCGGCUGACGCACUGUUCGAGCUCGAAUGGCACGGCGAUGGUUCCGUGUCGUUCCGCGCAAACAACGGCAAACUGCUGGCGACCAAACGGUCCGGCCAUCUGUUUGCGACCGCGGAAGCGAUUGAGGAGACGACCAAGUUCUACUUCUAUCUGAUCAACCGGCCGAUUCUGGUGCUUAAGUGCGAGCAGGGUUUCGUGGGUUAUCGUGCCCCGGGCAGCAACAAACUCGAAUGCAACAAAGCCAUCUACGAAACGAUCCUGGUCGAGCGUGCUCAGAAGGGUAUCGUCCACUUCAAGGGUCAGAAUGGCAAGUACUGGCGCGUGGAUGGUGAGGGCAUCGCGGCCGAUUCCGAUGUACCGUGUGAUGGCUUUUUCAUCGAACUGCGCGAACCAACACGCAUCUGUCUGCGUUCGAGCGAUGGCCGCUACCUGGGCGCUACCAAGAAUGGCACGUUCAAGCUCGUCGACACCGGUUACGACACUGCCACCCAGUGGGAAUACUAAGCACGAAAACGCAACUUAAUAGUUUAUAGCAGCAGGCAGGUGUAGCAGACCUCCCCAAUACUGGUGCGAGAGUGGUUAGGGAGAAGCGUUCCGUUUCGUCCAAUACCACUCCAGUCCGAGUAGGAUAUAGGCGAGCUGUCGGAUUAACGGGCAUCAACGUAACCGGCACGCUCUCGGUUUUUUUUUCUUUUGACGCUUUUUUUUCCAUCCCCCAUCUUCCCAUAAACGACGAAGGAUGUGUGUGCGGCUUUGAUGACAUGCAGGAUCCGUUUUAGGACAAGCUGCCAUUGGUCGGUCUUUAGUUUUUUUUCGGACAGAAACGCAAAAGCAAAAUAUUUACGAUAUUUAUUCCGUCAUGUGUAUGGAUGUGGGUAUGUGUUUGCGAGUGUGUGUGCAUCACGUCAAAAUGCAAUUCAAUCUCUCUCUUAACGUUUCACACAUGCAGCAUGUACGCAUUCCAACACAUUUAUACGCUAUAGUUGGAUGGGGAGGAGUAUACACGGAGACACGCAGCAUGCGAAAAAUGAUGCAUCUUGCGAAAUAAUACACACUUACACUCAUUUAGCCAGGUAGUAUAUUAUACGUGUAUGAGUUAUGAAUUGCAAACAGUCAGGGAAAAGAAGGUCGAAUGGCACACAUAUGCGCAAUCUAUACAGCAAAAAAACGGGAUUGUGAAUCUUAUUUGAAUCCCCCAUAGAACGGCUAAGGUAAACAGCUCGAAACCUAGUAUUUCAACACGGACGCUUUACGUCCUGCGUUUUGUAUCUGUAUACAGCGGCAGCGUAUGUGUGCAUCUCCAUUUAUGUUUUUUUGUUUUUGAAAAAAGUUGCAAUGCGAGAGAAAGUAAGCAAAACAUUUGUAUUUAUUUGAGAAGCAAAACAAACAAACAAAAACACACACUCCCACAUAUUAGGAGGAAAAGAUUAUCCUCUGGUGGUAAGGACGAACACUUAGUUUUUUUAUACCCCCCCUUUCUAUUGCUAUAUAUAUAUAUUAUAUACUUACACACACACACACUCUAUAUAUAUUUAAUAAUUACCCCAAAACUGCAGCUGUCGUGGAAAGGAGGGUUAUGAACGUGAGCGACAAGUAACAAAAUAUGAAAAGUAAAAUGAAAACCCGCAAACGAUCCCAAAUGCUUCAAUCAGGUGAAAAUUGUGAAAAGCUAGCAGGCGAGCAAAUAAGGGUGCAGUAGAAUGAAGGAGGGGUUUAGAGGAACCCCACUAAUGAACGGUGGGUUGGAAGUAAAGGGGUGUGAUGUGCGAGAGGUGUGAGAAGUGAUAAACUUUUUUUUUGCUAAACGUGUUUCUAUGUACCAACCGCGAUACCAUCCGUCAACUUUAUCAUCUCACACAGAUAUAAGCGUACACGUACGCACACACAUACGCGCGCGCGCACAUACCACGUGGGCAUAUAGCACGUGCUGGAAGACGCAGCGGCAAAUAGAUAGGGAGCCUGGGCUUUGGAAUUCUUUCAGCGAUAGAGUGUUGGAAAGAAUAAGACAUCUUCGCUGCAAGAGAACCCGAGUCAAGGAAAAAGUAUCCCUCACACACUGUCCACACACGCGUGCGCCUGCGUUGUUUGUAUGUGCGCGUGUAUGAGUACAUUUUGGUGUGCGUGAGUGUAUUUGUCGAGAGGAGAAAGGAUUAACUAAAGUACGGUGAGCGAUCAGUAACACAGAAUAAUUAAGACAUCAUCAUUAAUCAAUAAAACAAGAAGAAAAAACAACAACU